AUGGCGUCGAGGAAUAUCGGCAUGGGUCAGACCACGAGACCGUCCAUGUCGUCUAGCUCCGGCAACGCCAUGAAGACGCGGCAGUUGACGCACCUUCAUUCCCAGCUCGCACAGCUGUCUGCCAACCUCGCCGACACAGAGAACUUGGUUCGUAUGACGAGCGUCCAGGCCGAGAGCAUGCGUGGCUUGGGGGCGUGGCACGGUGGGAUGUUCAUGGCUGCGAGUAAGGUGCUCGGGGAAGAGGCCAUCAACCGCGAUGCGGCGGCGCAGGCGAGGGGUGGGCAGAGAUGA